UGAAGACUAUUUUACUUUUAUUGCACUUUCAUUAUUUGCUUAAAUGUGUCCUUAUACAUUUAAGCAACAGAUAAAGGGUUGUCCAUUUGCAAAUCUAACAAGGAUCUGUUGUGGAGUGCGAUGGCUGUCCUUGAUCUUUGUACGCAGAAAACCAGCUGGUAGCAUCCUCCUCACAAGUUGGUAUACGAAAAAACAAAUAGUAUAGUCUAAUUUGUUGUUGAUAGGAAUUCGGUUGGGUUUAAUCGAAGAAGAGACACUACAAAAUUAAAUAAUCAUGAAUGGUGAAUUUGAUCAUGAAUGUGCUGAAUAUAAUCCGACUAAAGAUGAAAUGCUCAUUGAAAUUCAGCGGCAAAUGAUGGCUAAUGUUGACAAAAAGAAACAAGAUAAAGAAAAGAAGCACACAUUAAAAUAAUGGCAAAAGCACAACUUGGGUAAAAUUUGCGAUUGGGACAAACUGACAAUGGAAAUAUAUGAUAUAUAAUAUGAAUAGGAAAUUGACAGAGAAUAUGUAAAACAGGUGAAAAAUGUGAGGGACAGAUUAGAUUAGAAAAAAGGAAAUGUAAGAGAGAACUUGAAGAGGUGGACUAAGAAAGGUGCAAUGCACAUUUAAUGACGGUGAUGGCGAUGGCAACGAAGAAAAAAGGAUAAUGGAGCCCAUGAGGAAAAGAAGAUGGGGCUGAGAAACGGUGUAUUUAAUAUGUGGAUGCAAGAGAAGGACUGCAAAAAUGAGGAAGGAGGCACAUCGAACAUGCAGACACGCACGCGCCCUGAAUCACACGUAACUACAACACAAACACAGACACGGAGGAAGCGAGAAGCACUGAAGGGGGGGUUGGUGAAAACGAUCUUGUUGAUUUGACGCGAAGCGUCCUCUCCUAGGCGGAAACAACACGACGACUAUUAUUAUUAUUAUUAUUAUAUAUUCUAUUAUGGCGGCACGGUGGGUCAGCUGGUAAAGCGUUGGCCUCACAGUUCUGAGGUCCCGGGUUCAAUCCCGGACCCGCCUGUGUGGGUUUCCUCCGGGCACUCCGGUUUCCUCACACAUCCCGAAAACAUGCAACAUGAAUUAGACAAACUAAACUGCCCCGAGGUGUGAUUGUGAGUGUGACUGUUGUCUGUCUCUAUGUGCCCUGCGAUUGGCUGGCAACCAGUUCCGGGUGUACCCCGCCUCCUGCUUGUUGACAGCUGGGAUAUGCUCCAGCACUCCCCGCGACCCUCGUGAGGAUAACCGGUAAAGAAAAUGGAUGGACAUUAUAAUAUUAUAUAAUAUAACAAUCGAACAAAAUGCUACAAGGUUGAAAACUCUUCUUUUUUCUCAUGCUUUUUAGAAUAUAUCCACUUUUUGAUCAUAUUACUUGCACUGUUUGCGGUUUUAUUGUCUUUUUUAAAUAUUUUCAUUGUUUUUAUCCUGUUUUAAAUGUUUUAUCUCUUUGUUUUCAAAUGUCUUUAAUCAUGUAAAGCACAUUGAGUGACCUCGUGUAUGAAAUGCGCAAUACAAAUAAAUUUCCUUUGCUUUGAUUUGCUUUGCUUUAAAAUAAUGCCGAUGAUAGAGGCUCCAGUAAGUCCAAUAUACAAGCCGUUUGAUCUUAAAGAUGUUGAUUGUCUGACUGCUCGUUUGCCUCAUCUCUCUUCUGGUGGUAAUGCAUGGCUGUCUAGUUUUGUGGAAACUUUACAGGGGUAUACACUCUGCAUGGGAGACUGGAGACAAGCAGCAUCCAGAUCAUGCACUAGUAUUGAACAACGAGAAAUCGAGACAACUGCAGGAUCUCAUCUCAGACCUCAAUAUCCUUGGCUCCCGGCUUCUAUCCAGGAGAUGGAGGACACUCUCACUGCCUUGUGGAAUUCUGGAAACAGCCACCUCCUCGUGGUGUACACCACUCAGCUUACACAAGUGGUUAUGGUACCCACCCAACUUCCUUGGGGCAGAAUAACACGGAUAUCGUAAAAGUGACCACUCUAAAAACCUCCAAAAGUGGAGGAUUCAGAACGUGAUGUCAGUCCUGUAAUUCCCCUGCAAGACCACCAAAGCAGUGGAACAGGUGGUUCACUAUCACCAUGAAGAACCCCAAGACAUUCAAAACAAAGACAUCGACCAUCAACCUCGAGCCAUCCACCACAAAACAUGAGCUUCUCCCAUUCCCUCAAAGAGAGUUGGGCCACGUAAGAAGCAAGGUUCCAAAAAAAGGGCUCAUGCUGCUUACUGAGAUAAGGGACAUGGGCAGGCAUCAAGACCAUAGGGCAGCACAAGAAGAGGACAUCGACAUUGUACAGAUAAAAUAUCUGGUCGACUUCAUUGUCCUUGAACAGAAGGUGACAGAAAACCCUUUGCUUCUGCAGAACUGAAAUUCCAAAUGUUGAAAGUUGGAUUGGUAACCGUUAAGGAAAAUAUGAAACGGAUCCGGAAGAGGUCAGGCAGAGGCUACAAGAAGAUUGUCAGUCAACUGCACCUGCCCAUAUCCACUGUGAGAGGAAUAAUUAAGAAGUUCAAAACAACUGGAACAGUGGUAAACAAGCCUGGACGAGGACCAAAGUUUAUUUUGCCACCACUCACAGUGAGGAGGAUGGUAGGAGAAAUCAAGAGAUCUCCAAAGCUCACUGUUACAGAAUUACAACAAAUGCUUGGUGGGUGCUUUUGAAGUGGGAGCUGUUAAUGGACGACCCUCGACGGGAGGACGCAGAGAUGGAAGACAUCCGGCGCCAAGGAAUUGGAAAUGACUGGGUCAUCUGCCUCCUUGCCGUUGGUGCCAUGGUCCGACCCUCGUGGGGAAUGACCGAAGGUCAUGUGUGCGAGACAAGCCAGUUCAUCGGGAUGAGAUGGAGAAUCUCGGUCAACAUCCCCUGUUAUCUUCCCAUGAUGAUCCACCACGAGAGUGAUACGGGGGAGUAAGGUGACAGUCUCCGCUUCCUGCGUCAUGUGUAUGUGGGAUUUGGACGAAUGGAGAUAUUGGGGGUGUCAAGCUGAUCAUCGAACAAACAAUGACGCCAAAAAUAACUCAAACACACUUGACUCCAAUUCUUGACACCUGUACACACCUAGCUCAAGCAGUGGUUGAAACCAAGAUAUACUGGACAAUUCACUUUCCCCCGAUUCCGAUAUGUAACAGAAUAAAAAGGGCAUGGUAUGAUACUUUGUUGGGGGGAACGGGAACCGUAUUGGGAUUGGCAAAUACUGCUGAUAAUGAGGUAACUAGGACCAUGCUGUCCAAUACUGGAGAACACUCUGCCAGGGCCUUGCAUCAAAUAGGGGUUUGGCUUCCUAAAGCUCUGGUGGGACAAAAAGAAAAUGCAAAACUUUGGAAAACAGUGUUUAAUUGGGAUAUCAAAUUAUGGGACGAAGCAGAGAACGUGCUUCAGAACUUGACAGAACAGAGUAGCUGGACAGUAUGUAGUAUUCAAACUCUACACGCUGCGGCUCAAAAGGAGUCGUUUCUAAGGAUAGUUACGUCGGGAAAUUAUCAAGAGUGGCGGAAGGUUUGGAACAUUUCUGACUCUUUGUGGUUGACAUUACAUCCCGAACACACCAAAUGUAACAAAAAUAAAUGUACGGGGUAUUGGACCCAGUACAACGUGACGACAACAAAGGUGGUUUGUAAAUAUCAGGUUUUGCCUGUUGUAACGACAAGUGGAUAUUGGUUUUUACACAUGGACGGAGAGUGGUUUGAACCAAAAACCAACAAAACCUUUAAAUCAGAUUUAUGUGAUUUAACAGACCAAGGGUUGGCUUGCAGAUUACAACAUGCGUACUCGAAUCCGUGCCUAACCGACUCAGAGGUUGUACUUUGUGAUUGGACUAGGGAGCCAGCCAGAGAGAUGAUGUGGCAAGUUGGACCGCAUACUCUCUGUGUGGCUACAACACAAAAUAACUCACAAGUCCCUUCGGUUCCUUUUGUAGGAUGCUUUCAAGAUGUACACAUAUGGCGCUGGGGAAACAUGACGUAUCGUUUGACUAACUAUUCGGAGUCCCGCAGGUUGACUGCGGUCCAGUGGGAGGUACUACGCUCCCCCUGGUCAGUGUCUCUGGAACGAUUCAAAUGCGCAUUGGAGAGUUCUACAGACAUCCAAAAACUCAUCAAGUCACAUACGUCUAAGAUUUCCAGUCUCAUGGUGUCAACUAUGGUAGUAAAAGGGGAAAUAGUGCAUGCCGCUAAAUUAGUACAACAGGCUUCAGCUUAUCAUUGGUGGGACAUCUUCACAGGAAUGUCCUCCACUGCGCGUACUACUUUCUUGCCACCCUUGAUCGUGUUAAUGAUUGUUAUUUGUGUGCUUACGCUAUGCAAUAUGGGAACUUGCUAUUAUGUGCGACGCAUCCGGCUUGAGGUAGAGAAGGAAAUAUAUAAUCGCCUAUAAUCAAUUGCUUACAUUUUGAAUGAUGGAAAAACAUCAAGAGUGGAAUGAAGUAAGAAUAAUUUUAUUGUGUUGUUUUUCCAUAAUUAAAAGAUGUUUCGCAAUAGCUUCGUAUAUGUUUCGCAAUAGCUUCGUAUAUGUUUCGCAAUAGCUUUGUACAACCUAAAAGACGAUCGCAAUAGCUUUGAAUAACCAGCAAUGUCAUAAAAGGAUGUUUGGAUAACCAGCAAUGUCAUAAAAAGAUGUUUUUGUGUUAUAUGAUGUCGUGCAACGCCAUUUGUUGGUAACAAAGAAUAGUGUGGCGUCAGGCGGGAUGAAUUGGCCACUCAACCCUCCUUCCGCACACGCUUAGAGUAUAAAAGGAGAACUUUAGAUACUCUCGGUAGAGUCUGCUGCGGGUUGCGUACGGAUGCCCAGCCGGUAUUGAAGCUGCUCUCUACCUGGAGUGUUGGCUCUCCCUCCUAUUGGCGCACGGUAAGAGCUGGAUAUUCUUCUAGAGCUGAUU